AUGGCUGACUCCGAGUCACCGGCUCCAACCCCUAAUUCAACACUCAAGAGGAGCAACCUUAAGACUAAAAUCCUUGAGGGUUCAAGAAAGCGGUCAUCAGUUUCCUUUGCGGAAGAUCCGACUGAAAUAGCUUCGCCCACCCCCAUUGGAAAAAAGAAUACACCAGCGCCAGUUUUAGGAUCAAAGGUCACCCCGAUAUUACCUCCUGGCUACAGUGCAAAUAAACUGGUUGUGGAAGCUGUCGUAAUGAAGACCCCAGCAAGGCCUGCGGCAGAGACAGAGUCACCUGCCAAAAAGACAAAAUUGGCCAUACUUCCUCCCAAACCUGCUACAGCAAAGAAGGCCUCUCCACAGCCAAGUUUAGUACCAGCUCAGGCUUCCCCGCAGGGACAAGGGGUGGAGGAGCCAACUCUGAAGUCAAAACCAUCUCUGAAAUCUGAUAGCGAGUCUGAGUAUAGUACCAGUGAGGACUCAGAGGAGUCGGAGGAAGAGGAGGAAGAGGAGGCAAAGCCGAGCUCGAAAUCAUCAGUCCUCAAGAAGAGUACAGCUCGUGUCAAGAGUGCCAAAAACGCUUCUCCAUUGCUGACGCUAAAAGCCUCCUCUUUUACUACCACAAACUCUUUAAAGACACCCCCGAGCACCUAUCAGAGCUCUCGGCGCUCCUCCCGCGCUAGCCCCCAACUCGCCAGGAAAACUCCCAUCAUAGCACCUGCUACCCCAUCUACGGAAACUAACUCUGAAAGCGGUUCAGAGGGAGAUGAAGAAAUUGGCUCAGCGUCAGAGUCUGACUUUGAACCUGCUCCAACAACUAAGCCUGCCACCGCCUCUGCAAAAACCAGACCCCCCCCACAACCCUACAGAUCCCUCAGCGAUCUAGAAAAAAUGCCCGUACCAGACGUGCACGACAUACAUUCCUCACGAACACCACCAAAUCCACCACCUUCAGGCACAGUCCGCAAAGCGCAUGACGGAGACGAUGACAGCAGCGAUGACAGCAGCGAGAGUGGUGAGAGUGAGAGCAGUGAUGACGAGGGGGAAGUGGCAGGUAAGCAUGUAAUUAAUAGUGCUAAGAAGGCUGCCGCCGCGCCCGCCAAGAAGGCAGGAUUUUUAUCGAACUUUUGGGGCAGGACUGAGAGAUAA